UGUGCAACCCAUCGGCGUCUGUGUGAGUGAGUGUACUUUUCCGACUUUCCACACUUUCUUCUUCCCCUUUUCGUUCUUGAUCGGCCAGCAGCAGAUUAACUUGUUGUAAAAUUGUGAUGCAGUUAUUAAACAACUUUCGUCACAUGUAUGAAUUUCUUUUCACGCACUCCCGAACGCCAAGCGAAAACGACGAAAACGACGACGACGAGCAGUCGGGACUCGAAGGUUGGCUCCUUACGCGCGGCGCCUUCAUUUCUUCGCCGACUUUCGAGGAAGAAAAGUGCGUGAGAUAGUAGUUCCCAGUUUUGUUGAAGUAGUGCUUCAAGGAGUUGGUCCUCCUCCGGUCAAGACUCCAGAGGACCCUCCUCGCCGGAAAAAAAAGAAAACGUGAUUAAAGAAAGUUCUUGACCCCCCUUUUUGGCAUACCAAGAGGGAUGAACGCAAAAGUCCCUCGCUUUUCGGCAUUCUAACUUACAACGGCAAAACACAACACAGAAACAGAAAUCAAGUGCAAGAAAAGAGUGCUUUGGAAAAAUUCAAAAUUUACUCCCCUUUUUCUCAAUAAUCAAAAAAUAUCGCGCGUCUCCAUCGGCAAAGCGAAAAAACAGACGAAAGCAAAAAACCGUCAGUGCACCAAUCUAGUUACCGAUGUGAAUUGUGAUACAAGAAAAAGAAGGCAAAAUGUUUUCGAUUGAAUCAAUUUUAAAAUCUCAAAUCUCCCAGAGGUAGUGUACAAAAGAUUCCAGGGUUAGCAUUGGUUUGUAAGAAAACAAAAAAAAAACGAAACCAAAAUCAAACCAAAAUGAACACCUCCUCUUAUAGUUAAUAAAACAAAAACCAAUCCUAAGCAACAUUAAGCUAAGCAGAACACAAACCAACAAACGAGAAACUCGAGUGCCAAAUCAUAUAUAGGAUAAUACAAUAAGCAGGACAAAGCCCCACAAAAAAAAUCCGAGAGCGGGAUAUGAUUUUUGUGUUUUACCAACGGCAUUUGAUGAAGACUCGGACCCUUGCGAGGGCCCCCCCAAUGUUGUAUGCUAGUAUUUCAGCAGCUUUCGGUACUCUACCACUACUACCACUAGCGCGGCCAAACAAGCAAUCGAACGCUGUCGAGAGUCAGAAUGCAGAUCCAGCACGUGAGGGACCUGUGUGCCGUUCCGGGCGGUGCAGCAGCAGCAGCCGCGGCGGCCGCCGAGUUGAACUGCACCGGUGAUAUCCUGUCGGUGCAGAACCUGCUGCCCCAGUUGGCCCCACCGCCGGAGAACAAACCGCACCAGUGCCAGCAGUGUCUGAAGAGCUUCUCCUCCAACCACCAGCUGGUGCAGCACAUCCGGGUCCACACCGGCGAGAAGCCCUACAAAUGUUCCUACUGUGAUCGCAAGUUCAAGCAGCUGUCGCACGUCCAGCAGCACACCCGGUUGCAUACUGGCGAGCGCCCGUACAAAUGCCACCUGCCGGAGUGCGGCCGAGCGUUCAUCCAGCUGUCGAACCUGCAGCAGCACCUUCGCAACCACGACGCCCAGGUCGAGCGGGCCAAGAGCCGCCCGUUCCACUGCAAUCUCUGCGGCAAGGGUUUCGCCACCGAGUCUAGUCUCCGGACGCACACGUCCAAGGAGCUCCAACUGCACCUUGGAGUGUUGCAACAACACGCCGCCCUGAUCAGCAACUCCAACAGCGUCACGUGCAAUGUCUGCAGUAAGAUCUUCCUCGGCGUGGAUGCCCUCAACGAACACAUCAAAUACUCGCACAAAGAAGUGGCUGACUACAGCACUAAAUGUCUUGAGGAACUGAAACAUAGAAUUUCUUACACUACAGUGAAGCGAAGGGUAGCGAACCACCCGUGCCCGAUGUGCGGCAAGCACUACGUCAACGAGGGCUGCCUGCGGAAGCACCUGCUGACCCAUCCGAGGACGCCGGGCGGCCCGGGGGCCCCCUUCCGGUCCAACCUGCAGAUGUGGCCCUGCUCGGUGUGCCAGGCCGUGUUCACGCACGAGACAGGUCUCAUCACUCACAUCGAGCACAUGAAGAUGGAUCCGAAGCAUCAAUUUGCAGCGCAGUACAUGUUCAGCAAGGCGGUGGCCGAGCAGCGGGAAAAGGAAUCGAACGUCCUCGGCGGCAUGGGUGGAAGUGGCGGGUCCGGUCCAUCGAACGCCAUGAUCUCCGUCAAGGAGCUAACUCAUCAGAACAGCAUUUCGCCGUUGAACUACUCGGAGAAUUCGUCCACUAUGGGAUCGGAGAAGAAUGGCGAGGGGGGCGGAGCUGGUGGUGGGGUAGGUGUAGGACCUUUUGACAAUCAUCGGUUGGCCGCGGCGGCCGUGGCCGCUUCGGGAGGUCACGGCAACCCAUUCGGGGUCGUUCCCGGUGAUAACAACAAUAGCCAAUUCUCGAGGAUGAUGAUGCUGCAGGAACCGAAGUUCGAUCCGGACCUGAUGUUACCGACGGAUGGAACGUCUUCCGCGGUGCAGGCCGCCGUCGUCAAUUUGGCCACCGCGAUGCGAAUAGGGCAGACGUUCAAGAACAACUCGAUCCACGGAGACCAUCUGGGCCAAUCGAAUCUGGGUCCGCUGAAGAAAAAGAGUAAUUUUAUCAAUUUUAACGAAAUGAAGUACCCAUUGUCCAAUCGGCAGAACUAUCCACCUUCAGCGGAUUCGCCUCUGGGAGGGGCAGGGUUGGGUGGUGGUCAGAACGCUUGUGGUCCUUCCUCGGAAACGGCGAUUCGGAUUCAACAGGCGGAGGCCAUUCUACGAUCUCAAGCCGAGGCAGCUCUAAGGUUGGCAGUUUCCCAGGCACAGGCCGUAGUCUCGUCCAACGCCAGUAUAGGAAGUCAUGGAAUAGGAGGUGGAGGAGGCGGUGGUCACUUGGGACCCCUUGGGAACCCCCUCAUGGGCAGGUGCAAUGAAGAGAGUAGAUCCAAUGAAAACUGUCCCCCAUUUGGCGACCCAAAUGGGGAACAUCUGAGGGCGGUCAUGAGGGAACACCACGCCCACCAACAUCAGCAACAGCAACAGCAGCAGCAGAAUAACGACGAGUGCCAUCAAUUCUCGCAGAGUCCGGUGCCGAGGAACGGCCUAGACCUUACCGACGAGUUCCUAAAAAGUGAAAACGUACUGAAAGGGUGAGAGUAAAUAGAUUGUAAAUUUUGAUGCCAUAUUAUAUUUAAUUUAAAUCAAUGCAAAACACAAAACAAAAAAUCAUCAGAUGAGAAAUGGUUCUGAAUAGCAAAUAAAGAAAAAGGGAAAGUUGAAAGAAAACUCGAUGUAAUUGGGCGAGGGAAAUAAUGCAAUUGGGGACAAACAAACAGCUAACAAAGAUGAAUCAAACCAACCACAGCACGUUGAUUACAUGAUUACGAUAAUCUGGGACUUGAAUGUGUGAAUCAAUAACUAAAUGAUAAAAUAAAACAAAAGAACAACUGAUGCAUUAUGCCAUAUUAUGAAGGUA